ACGUCGCGCAGGACUCCCCCCGCCGACGGCGUCGCGUGCGUGCCACGCCACGCCGGCCGCCGCGGGGAAGGAAAAGUGGGAGGGCUCCCCUUCCCUUCUGCUCCGGUUUUACCAGUUCCGAGCGCCGCGUGAAGGAGCAGGCUGUUGCAGUUGGAAGGCGGUGACGGGACGGCGAGCGGGGACGAAACCCUAGAGCUUGAGCUCCAGCGCACGGGUCGGGUCCGCCUCCCCGUUCCCGGCGAUGAGCCGGCGGCAGGAGCUCUGCAGGAACUUCCAGCGCGGCAGCUGCAAGUACGGAGCGCAGUGUAGGUUCGUGCACGCGUCCUCUCAGCAGCAGCAGCAGUCGAAGCCCAACCCGUUUGGGUUCGGCUCUCAGCAGCAGCAGGCGAAUACCAACCCGUUUGGGUUCGGCUCUGGGAGCAGGCAGCAGCAGCAGUCUUCGUUCGGUGCGCAGUUCCAGCAGCAGCAGCAGAAGCCCAAUCCGUUUGGAUUUGGAGUGCAAGGGGGUGCGGCCGCGCAGUCCAGAAACGCCUCUGGCACGGCAAAGCCAUUUCAAAAUAAGUGGGUAAGGGACCCCUCAGCCCCGACGAAGCAACAGGAAGCGGCACAGCCUGCACCAGCAGCCCACACCUCCUGUACAGAUCCUGAGUCCUGCAGGCACCAGAUUGCUGAGGAUUUUAAGAAUGAAACUCCACUCUGGAAGCUUACAUGUUAUGCUCACCUCAGGAGUGGUCCUUGUGACAUCACUGGGGAUAUUAGCUUUGAAGAGCUGAGAGCUAAAGCGUAUGAGGAAGGCAGGCAGGGGCAUCCUCUGCCGUCAAUAGUCGAGGGUGAAAGAAAUUUGCAAAAUGCAAAGCUGACAGAGUUUAAUAAUUUUCUGAACAAUCCACAUCUAUCGGUAUCACAAACUCCAAGCUUUCCAACUGUGGCUUCCUUCCCUGAAGUGAAAAAUAACUCGCCAUUUGGGGUUUCUCAAAAUAACGGACCACCAGUGUUUAGUAGUUUCAGUCAAAUUGGAGCAGCCAAUAAUAUUGGACCUGGGUCCAGAACUACACCAGGAUUCCCAACCAAUAGUAUUUUUGGUCAGUCUAACCAGCCGAGCCAUCCAGGAUUUCCUACACCUACUUUUGGCCGUUCUGAUAUGAAAUUUGGAGUUUCAGGUUCAUUUGGAAGCCAGAUAUCACAACAAUCAUCUGGGAGUUUGCAAGGCUCAAACAUGUCCAGUGUUGGCAAUUUCCCAAAGCCUCAUGCUAGCUACCAGCAGUCUCCUUCCUCCUCUAGCCAUCAUAGAGACAUUGAUAGGCAGUCACAAGAUUUACUUAGUGGAAUCGUGGCUCCUACAAGUGCCACAAACCAAGCUCCUGUUGAGGACAAUAAAAAUGAAAAUCAGGAUGAUAGUAUCUGGUUGAAGGAAAAAUGGUCAAUUGGAGAGAUUCCGCUAGGUGAACCGCCACAGAGGCACAUCAGUCACGUGUUUUAGGAACAUUCUGUGUCGUGGAGGCACUAUCAAGUUAGCUUCGUUGUCUCCUUCCAUUUUUGUCGAGAUAGCAUCUUACAAUUUCUCCUCCAGUACAAUGGUUCAUGACCUACAUAACAAAUUGGAGGACAUAAAAUGCAAGGCUGAUUAGGAAGCGUAGCAACUUGCUGUAUGCCUGUACCUGGCACCACAUAGUUCGUAGUAUAGUCUUCCCUUUCCUUUUCUUUUCUUUUUUAAUUCUAUGUACUUCGUCACAUUUAGCCUUUUUUUUAUCGUCUGUUGGGUUCAGCUAUGGGCUUGAAAAAGUUGCUGUAGCUGUGGAGAGGCUGUUGUGAGUUCUGCUGUGAAAAAGCUAUAGGUUUGGUUAAAACAAUUAUGAAACCUACCCCUGUCUCUUUAUCUUUAUCUUUAUCUUUAUUGAAACAACUAUAAAAUA